CGCACAAACGCCCGAGUAUGCUGUAGAUAACUACCUCUAGCAUAAAGCCUAGCGAGUGCAGCUCAUUAAAGCAAACAAACCGAGACCGUACUUUUCCUCCCCAGUCCGAGAACAAUAGGCCGCGUAGCCUGGCGUCCACCUGGUCAUAACUGGGCCCCAUAUCGUCGGCAGAUCUCAGAACUCUGCCAGCAUGACUUCCCUCCUGAGAGGGCCCUCGGCAAUGGCGCAAGGGGGACGCCUCAAUCAAACAUCAUUUAAGGCAGGCACCUCUCCGGAACUUGCAGUCACAAACAAGCCGACCCAAGACUCCUAUCUUCAAGACCGAUCCAACAAGCGAGUGGAAUUUGACAACCUCGAAAGCAAUACCAGCGAGAGGACCGAGUGGGAGGAGAGAUACUUCAAACCACGGCGCUCAGAUACGAUUUUCUCAAGCUUCUCUAACGCCUCAACAGUAACCAACACCACCGAGCCAGACCCCUUAACUCCAGCCACUGCCUCCUUCGAAAUAACGAACCCUUUCCAGUAUCCUUCGUCGCCUUCGUUGAUGGAAUCCCGAUGUGGCUCACCCGCUCCAAUGACAUUCCAUGCUGGGACAUAUUUCAGAUCGGAAGAAGGACUGGAUAGUCAUCCUGUGGAUAUGACGACAGCAAACUUCACUGAUGAAGGCUCAUCGUCGCCAAGGCAUAUUAUCUUGCCGAACUUGAAUGCGAGACGAACAUUCCGAGAACAGGACACGCUCAGAAAGAACCUGCAAGACCCAGCCCGACAUCUGCCCAAGUGGAGGAGCAAAGACAGUAUGAGCAAACAUGCGGUGUUCCAGGUCGGCCCGCCUUCUGACGCCACGCAUCCUGAGAAGCCGCUGGUCAGCCAGAUCACUGCAGGACUACGGGCGAAGUCCGCAGGUGAUCCAAAUAUCCUCAUGCCGGUCCGCCCAAAGGAGGAGUCUGAAUCACUGGUACCAGCUGCAAAGACAUCCCGCAAUCUCAAUUUACCAGACCUCCAAGGCAUGCAAAUUGAUGAAACGUCUGGAGACGUGAGGGCAGAUGCGACACAAGAAUCAGUUCCGCAAGACGUCGACACCCCCACGUCCGGGAACGGCUCAUCCCCCGAAGGACUUUCGCCGUUGAUUAUGACUCCUGGUCUCGAUGACCCAGAAGACAUUGAGACUUGCCCGAUCCACAUCUUGGACGCUGGUCUCAUCCAAGACGUCUGUGAACAGAUUCUCAGGCAAGCGUUCGAUACAGAGUACGACGACAUUGCGCAUACCGAUGCAGCUGGUGAGGCGUACAACACCGUUAGUUACUGCCUGGAUGAGCUGUCAAGAAUUCUUCCGGAUGAGAGUCUGUUCAGCUCCACCAUAUGCAUCCAGGAGCUACCUCGCGGAGCGGGCCACAUUGCGCCGGCCCAGCAAGAAGGAAGUGGCUCAAGCUCUGGAACAGGCCGUCGUGGGGGGUGGAACAAUGGGUCGCAGAAGAGACCGAACGACGACGGUAACGGGUACCCCAGCAGAGGGCCUGAAGACGGUUCUGGUCCCGGAGAUCGAGGUCUCGACGGGGGCGGUAACGAUGGCGGGAACAAGAGAGCGCGUAUAACGACCGAAUUGGGAAAUCAGGGGUUAAGCUGUCCGUUCCGCAAAAGAAAUCCCGAGAGAUUUAACAUCCGUGACCAUCAACAAUGUGCUGUUCGUCCAUUCGACAACAUAUAUGAACUGAAACGCCAUAUCAAGAAUCUCCAUAAGCAGAAAACUGGCUCUGCCUACCAUUGCCCUAGAUGCAAAGAGGACAUGCGGUCGCGUGAAGCAGUGCAAGCGCAUCUUGCGGUUCCGAGAGACAGCAUAUGCAGCCCGCAAGAGGGAAUUGCGAGUCGAAAUCCGGAGGAUGGCAUCACGGAUCGACAUGAAUUUUUGCUGAAUAACCGGAAGGCAGAUGGCAAGAUUGAUAACUGGCAAGAUCUCUGGCACAACUUGUUCGGUUUAGACGAAGAGGUUCCGGAUCCCGAUUUUGAGCCUCCAGUCGAGCGCGAGGAGUUUUACAGAGAUUUGCAGAACGCUCGCCCACAACUCAAGGACGCCCUAACCUCGAACGAGGAGCUGAGACGAUUCGGCAACCAACGGUCCGAGGGAUACCACGUGGAGCAACUGGUUGACAUUUUUUACAACCAUAUUGGCAAAGUCUUUGACAGCUCCCGUCGCCAGCCGAUGAACAUAUCCCGCCGCCAGAGAGUUGGUAAACGCACCCCGAGGGUUGAACCCUCGAAUUCGGCAAGUCCAAUAAGCCCAGUGACCCAGAAACCGGCCCGAAGACUGGAUCAACUCGCAGUCCCGAGGCAGAUGGUCAGGAAACGGCUCAUCAACGGCGACAGUAACGGAGGCAGCCUAGCUUCUUCUCUUGAGACGAUUAACAGCGCCGAGUCGUGGGCGAAUGUCGGCCAGGCCGAGAUGGUGACGAGGGCAGCUCCAGGCAUAGAUAGUUCGGGGAGCGUGCAAUCGCGCCAGGCACAGGUUGCGCAGACAGGUGUAGGUGUGGGCGUAUCACCCUCGAGUUUUCGACAGGCUCGACAACAUGAUCUCUUUGUAACUCCGAGCCCAGUUACUCCCCCAACCCCCAUCAACCCUCAGGUCGGCUUUGGUGCUUACGGCAAUGAGGUCGUUGACCUGAGCCAGCCAGCUCAACCUACACGGUUUCACCAUGGUCGACAGGAUCUGGUAGAUUCGGGGAUCGAGAUGGUGAAUUAUUGUCGUCCCACCCAAGACAUGAACGGAUUGAGUGAUAACCGUCGCGCCGAGGCCAGAGGAAUGUUCGGACCGUCGCCACAGCCGCAGCAACACAGGCCUGCAGAGAUGAACUUUGGGGGACCCCUACCUCAGCAUCUGGCUUAUCAGCAACAGCCAGGACAUAUGGAGCUGGCCAGCCCCGAUGAUGCUCAAAUGAUGAUGGGAGGGAUGUACGCGUCAACCUUUGACUGGGAUUUGAAUGGUGGUGGGAUGGACCUGUUUCCCCAACAGUAUCAGGGGAACCCUUCAAAUCUUUGA